UCUGAAGGCAUAAAAAGAAAAUUGUACAUCUAGAAACACGAACAAUUUUCCAUCAAGUCUGCUUACGAAAAAUAGUGGCAGGUAGUCCGCUUCAAAAACACAUAGCACAUUUGUCAUCACUUUGUACUGUGCUACUUGGGUGAUGAUGCAUGUGUACAGUGAGCAAAUGUGGUUCCUACAACAUUCAGGAUCUGCGAUAAGGAUUGGGCUCAUCUAUCCAAUCAACCAUAGGAACACACAAAAAAAUAUUAUUUAUAUGCUGUCUAGGAAUGCAUUCAACAGUCAUAUAUGCACUUCCAAGCUAAGAGCAAGAAGUGGAUAACUUUCUGUCUUCCUUACAAAUCUGACACAAAAUAAGGCAUCUUCUUACGCCACUCACAGGAAAAAAGAAAGAAAUUAUUAUGAGAGAAGGUAUACCCUCAAAAAUCACAUCAUACAACCAGACCUACAGACUACGGAAAGCUGUUUGUAUUCUGGAGGAUAACACAUCAUGGGAGCCUUGGACUACAAAUUAGAUUGGAUAAGAAUGAAAAAAGUGGGAAUAGCCAUUGCUGCACUGUGUAAAGGUUCAUUUAGCGAAGUCAAGAAGAGUCGGUGUGAACAUCAGAACUCGCUUGAGUAAAGGUAGAAUUACUCCAUUGAAUCACAGUGCCAAUUUGUGAAAACGUGAUUCUUGGAGCAGGUGAAAGGAAUUCGGAUCAGGAGAAAUUCUGCAAGAAGAGGGUACCCUGGACGUGCAAGACUUCUCUUUGGCUUCAAAGUCGUUCUAUCAUUCCUCUUGGCAUUCUUGAAUACAGUAACAGGUAUUCAUGCUCAUUUCUCGAGAUGCCUAGUAUCCUACUGCUGAAAGCUCAAUCUGAUGAAGCCAAAAGUGAAACAGAGGAUCCAUACGUCUCCACCCUAACUCAUCAUAAUUUUUAUGUACGGCUCAUACAUUCACUGGAUUUCCAAUUUCAUAGCUUAGAAAAUCUUGCAGAGAGAUUGAAUGGCCCCAACAACUACUCAGGUAUGGUUUUCACAAGCCCUCGCUGUGUUAAAGCUGUUUCUGAGGCUUUAAAAUCAAACCUCUUACCGCCUGGGUGGGAGUCCCGAAAAGUUUUCGUAGUCUCUGAGAAAACAGAUCAACUAGUGCGGAGUGUAUUGAAUUUUUCAAGCACUGUCGGUGCCUCUGCAGGCAAUGAAGAAUCUUUGAUUUCUGUCAUUUUGGAAGAGAUCAUACCUGGAUCAAAACCUCUCUUACUGCCAAUCGGUAGUUUAUCAUCCCACAAGAUCCAUGACAAAUUAAAAGAGAGAGGUGUUGCUGUGGAAGAAUUAGAGGUGUACAAAACUGUUCCACAUCCUGCACUGAGAGAGCAAAUGGAAGAGGUAGUGAAACAGAAUAUUCCUGAUGUUGCCGUCUUCUUCAGUCCAUCUGGGAUUUCGUUUUCUAAGCCCAUCAUGACUGAAGCCUUCAUCAGUAAAGUGAAGUUUAUAGCGAUUGGACCAACAACAAAGCGGGCCCUGGAAGAUGCAGGUCUACCUGUUGCUAGUACGUCAGCCAAACCCAAUCCAGAUUGCCUCUUAGAUGCAAUCAACUCUGCCCUUAAGGAGGAAUCAUGACCAUUAUUCAUAGUAACGUGAGUUAUAAAUUUUAAAUGUCUCAAAUUUUUUGCACAUAUAUUAACUAGGCAUUUCUCCUUUAUUUUUGGUUCAUUCAUAUCUUUAGGAGAAUUCUAGGAUUAAAUAUCAUUCAAUUUUUUUAAUGAAAUUCGGUCAAUGCCAGAUUGGCGAACAAAGCAGGUGACAGGAGUUGAAAUUGCUUUGUUUCGUCGACUCACAUGUAUGUGAGACAAUAGACCUUAGUAGAGGCAGGUUGGCUGCCUCACCUAUAAUCAAUCUGAGGAUUUCCUGCGAGAAUUUGUGCGGUAAUCGAAUAUAAACAUGAAUAAUCCUCGAAAUAAAAGAACAAUAAUCUGUUUCUCUAAAUUAUUGGCUCAGUGAAUAUUGAGCAGAAUUUGAAUACCUUGCUUGUUACUGGUAGGUUACAAUUUCUGUUUUUUUAAAAGAAAUGAUGAAUCUCUUGAAUGAUGUGUCUCUUACAAUUUGUCCUGGUUAUCAAAAAAUUUUUUUCCAAAAUUAAGUCACCAUAAGAGCAAAUCAAGGAAUUUUUGGUUUUUAAGUAUGGCUUGAGAGGUUUUUAAGAAUAUUUCCUUUUCUAAAGUAAGAAUAAUAUUUUACUUUCAAUUUAUUUCACAAGAAACAUAAAAAUAAACAUAAUUCUCAUAAAAUUUCUGGGAAGUCUGGCUAAUUAUUACUGAAAUAUCUUUACAAAUUUCCUCUUUGCGCCUGGGCCAGCUCAAUAGCUUCAAACAGAGCCUUGAAGUUUCCAGCACCAAAUCCCUGUAAAAAAUUAAAAAAAAAUUAUUUUAAAUAAUCUAAUUUUUCAGAUAAUGAUUCUUCUUCUUUCAGUGAUUGGAAAAAGAAUAGAAAAAUACUUAUCAAAAUUGAAGUAGCCAUGAAAAGGAAACCUUAGUCUCUAUUAAAAACAUCCUGCUACGAUUUGGGUGGAGAAAAUUAUAUUUUAUUGGCCGCUUAUACCAAGAAGUAAAAUACAGAAUAGGGUUCGCUUUUCUUAAAGUAAAAAUUUUGAGCUGAAUCCAUAAUUGUUUCUUCAAUAAUGAGAGGAAGAAGAAAAAAAUUGGAGUCCUGUCAAUGAAUGCAUUUCUAAUAUCCAUACAAAAAGGAACCAUAGGAUACCUAGAUUUUUUGUUUGAAAUCUAAAAUUUAUCAACUCUAGUGCUAAACAAAAACUGUAUGGUUAUAAUAAUCAACCAAAAGUUUCAUGUAUCAAUCAGUUCACUAACUCUAGGUACUUUUCAGUGGAAAUGAUUGCGGAGUCGCCAAACUGUCAAGCACCACUUUUUAAUAGCGUCUCCAAGUGAAGUUUUUUAUUACUUUUGAAUUUGAGUUGAAAAUUGUAUAAAGGUCGGAACUAUAAAAUAUUUUCUUGAGUUUUUUUUGGAACUACAUACCUUUAAGAUUAUGUAGACAAAUAGAUACAUCAUUCUACAGUCUGAUAUUAACUGACAAGUUUUAGGUGCCUGACGCUAUCUUAAAAUUGAAUAUGCAUAUCAGGUGCUGUGCCAAAUGUUCGAUGACAGGUGAGAAUGCUUUCCGAUCAAAAGUCAAAUUUUUAAUAUUUUGCUUUUAAACUCAAGAUCUUGAAAACUACAGCGUGCAAUAUGAGCCAAAUCAAGUUAUUUGAAUUUGUGGUGUAAUGUUUUCUUUUUGUGUUAACUUUUGAUUGGAGAUUUAUAAAUUGUUAUAAUAAAAUGUCAAUCAAAGGA